UCUUUUUUUAUUUCAACUUUACCCUCUUGUGGGAACGCCUCUCAACCGUUAGGUUAUGUCGGCGAUAUUUCUAAGAAGUCCUUGAAAUUCGUGCCUGGGGUGCUUUUCAGCAGGAGACGCGUAUUGACACGGUGUGAUGCAGAGAGUCUCUAGCGAAAUGCCGCUGUCGCAGUGACAAGCUAUCAGCUGUCGGCCUUCGAGACACGAGUGUGCACGGCAGGUAACGUGACAACGAGAGGAAUAGCGAAUAAAUUUGAAUAGAUUCCCGGUCGCGGUGGUGUCACCAGGAUUCUGUUACUUCGCGUCGUUAACGAUGUCGCGCCACAUCGACCGUAUCGCUGUCGGACGAUAAGGGAUGUAUGAACAGGCGGCGAGCGGUUGGGCCGUCGGCCUCCGCGCCCUGCUCGACCCAACGAAAUUUCUGCCGUUCCUCCCGAGUUUAUGGGACGAGCGGGCCAUCGGCUCGCGUUACCCGAGCGACACGAAGGUACGGGAGACCGACGUGCUCGUGGGAUACCUCGUACUAUUCUGGGUGAUACUGUACAUGGUGUACGACAAGUGUCUUAACUCGCUCCUCAGGCGUAUGCGCUUUCCGCUGGUCCAGCGCAGCAGGAUAAUCGAGGCUGUAUGGAACUGCGGAUUCUGUUUCGGUAGUGUAUGUUACAUGAAGUCGUCAGCCGCGCAGCUCCUGAGCUUAGCACCCCACGAGCAGGGAGUGACUUACCGGGAAUUGGGGGUCGCGCUGCACAAGAGUUUUUACUUUCAUCAGGCGGGAAUCGACAUACUGUGUCACGGCGCUUGGAUAAAGGGCUGCGCGAACUUACUCUUUGCGUCUUUUGUCUUGAAUCCAUAUCAGCAAAAUUACAGGUGGUGUACAGUAACAAGUACCUUUCUGAUGUACAAGACUAUCGACAUUGUGAUAGUUAACGUCUGUCGGAUCCUGUUGUGCAUUUUUCAAACUGUCGGGAGACCAGUCUCUAAGCUGUUGUUUCUGUUACACUGCCUGACAUGGAUCUAUUUGUACUUACACUACGUGCCUACGUCUGUGCUAUGGUCGGAGGAAGUUAAGCAUGCGAGAACGGAACCUGGCUUGUGGCUCUGGUUUGCAGCGGAAUGCUUAGAUUCGGUAUGGUUGAGACUCAUUGGACAUGCGAAAGCUACGCAUUGGCUCGAAAUCUGUCUGUUUCCACCGCCAACGCAGGAAGCCAUUGAACUGGCCGGUAUCCACAAAAGGCACAGAGAGUCGUUGAGGAAGUGCAGUAGCAAAACAGCAAAGAAAGUCGAAUUGUGGCAAACGCUAGUUUGCGCGAUGGCGAUUAAAAAGAAAAUUAAGAAGAUUCGUAAGGCUAAAAGCAGUAUGGGCGCAUCGACGAGAGAUCUUGAGGAAGUGGAGUCGUUUGAAACGCAAGGAGAUCCGCGAGUUAGCGGAGAAUUGGCGAAGUUGUACUGAAAUAUUUCUGAGAAAUAGCAUUUGCAGAAUUUAUACAAACGACGAAAGAUACGAGCCUUUUUCAAACGAAUUUAUUUGUACGACGAAAGAAUAGAUUUUUGUGAUGUUCAAAACAUUGCGUACGAAUUUUUGUCUUGUCACAUCGAUGGCACGUCAUUUUCAACGAGCACCAUUCUCUAUUGAGACUUGUGUACAGCUAUAUUUGUAUAUAAUUAUAAACUAGCGACGGAGCAAACGCGGCGAUCAAAGUGCGCCGCAUAUUCUGGAAAAGAUCAGAAUCAACGCAGAAAGACUGUACAGCAAGUUUUUAUACAAAAAUUAAGUUUAUUUCAUAAUUUCGUAGAUGUACACCCGCUUACGUAGAAAAAUCAUCGUCGUUUACGCGUUUAUAAUUUAGUUUAGGAUGUCUCGACAACAGUUAGCUGGAUACUCCAGUAACGUUACAAUCGAGUCGGAGGCGUUUUUCUCGGAGCAAAUGUUAAGGAGCAUUGCUGUUAGUCGCACUGUUGAUCGUCUAUACAACUCAAGACACACAAAUAUUACACUAGUCAUAGAUGUAAAAUACGAUAUCGGUUCGUUGAAUGGCACUCUUAUCCAAAUUGAAUAUACGUUCCUUCGUGUGAUAUAAUUGCACAUAAAUCCACGAAGUGGUAAAUUUGCGUUUGCGAAGCUGUACAUAUACGAUAUGUGACGCUACACUGUUAAUACGAAGUUACAGUAUCGUGCAAUUUGCAUUCGCCUCGACGAGCGAUGUGAAACAUCGCCACUAAUUCGCAGUAACAAGUUGACUUUAGGUCACAUCAUAAAUUCGAUUACAGUGGCUUUGAUACAGGGUACCAUCCUUGUUUAUGGCAGUAAAUAGGUAAGGUGCAUUUUUGAGCAACGGAAUUGUUAUCGCAGUAAUUGGGGGGGGGGGGGGCAACGCUAGAGACGUACGUCGACAUACGGUCUCGCUCUCAAAAUUGACAGACAAGACCGAGAUCUUUUUUAAAAAGUGGAAUAUCGUUUGGUACUACUCUUUUUUUUUCUUAUAUAUCCUAAGAGGAGAGCCUAUAUAUCUUUUAAAUUGUACGCCGUAUUCUCUAAACACGUGUAUGCAGUGUCUUUCGAUUCUGGAUGCUGCGGAGAUAUUGUCCUGUCGUGUUUGAAUCAUCGAUAAAUGUAUUACAUAAAUGAAGACAACGACAAUUUAUUAGAUAAGUUUAAUCUUAUAGACACACUUACAAAAUAUCUUGUUAUAUUGUUUUAUAUCGUGUAUGUAUGGAUUAUUCAUAUGUUUACGGAUGUAUACCCUCGCGGAGAGAGAUGCAACUUGCGUUUAACUAUCACUGCGCUUAUUUCGACAAAGUGUAAUUGUCACCCUUAUUAUACGCACGCACCUGACUCAAGCACUGUUCGUUGAACAAAAGGGGAAAGGGAGAUUCG